CUUUUAACUUUCGGUUUGAGCUAGAAAGUAAAAAUGACUGUUUGUAAAUACUUUCUGCAAGGAAAUUGUCGGUAUGGCAACAAAUGUUACUAUGAACAUCCAAGUGGCGACAACCAAGGAUUUGCAUAUACAGCUCAGCGUCAGUUGUUUGGAGGAGGAAGAGGAGGCGGAGGGGGCGGAGGAGGCGGAGGGGGCGGAGGAGGAGGAGGGGGCGGAGGGGGUGGUGGGGGUGGUGGUGGAGGAAAUAAAUACAAAUGGGAUCGACGUCAACAAACUACGCAACAAACUUCUUCCCAAUCCUCUCCGACAGAUGUCAUUAACACCCUGGUGAGUGAAAUUAAGACUUGGGAACAAAGUAAGAUGUGGCCGUUUUCCUGUAUCGCGUUUGAAAAGGAAGGACCUUGUGUUCCAGAUUUCACGGACAUGUCUGCUGAUGAGCUGCGGUUUGCUGCGUACGAAGCUCUGAAAACAGGUGCCCUACAGACCUACACAAACCAUGUACAAUGUCUGAACCAAGAUUUUACCUCGAAAAGACAAGUGCUGAAAAAUGCAACGAUGACCGUGAAACAGAAAAUGAUGUCAUUGAUAGAGGAAUAUAGAAACAAGAAAUCCAGAGGAAGUGAUGGAGGAGGUUCAUCAACCAUGUCCCUAUUCAGUAACUCAGCUGGAAGUUCUGGAGCUAGUGGUACAAGCAGCACUAACUCAUUUGGUGGAGGUUCUGGAAGUUCCACUUUUGGUGGCAGUGGUGGGAAUACUUCACUGUUCGGUGGGGGCACCGGGGCAUUCAGUGCUCCCAGUACUGGAGCCUUUGGUUCAAACACAGCUGCUCAGGCAACUGGUCAGACAUUUGGGGCUUCAACGUUUGGUCAAAGUACUGCCACAGCUACUAAUGCAUUCACAGCUCCUCAAGCUCAAAACACAAACCCCUUUGGGUCUUCCCAGACGAGCACUGUUAGUCCUUUUGGUGGAAAUGCCGGUGGGGCCACAUUCAGUAGCCCAGGGACAUUCAGUAGUAGUUUUGGUAAAACCUCCCCAGCUACGAAUUUAUUUGGUGUUUCAUCUCAAAGCGGGCCAAGUGUCAGUCAGACUCAACAGUUCGGUGCUUCAAACAAUGCGUUCGGGACAACAACAGGAGGGAAUGUAGUGACAGCACCAUCUAGUGAUACACAAGGGGACACAACCCAAGGCACAGUGUACACACCACUGGAAAAGCUUAGCAAAGAAGAAUUGGCUGCUUACAAUGCUACAACAUUUACUCUGGGUAAAAUUCCGACCAAACCUCCUCCUAAGGAACUCGUGUUCUGAUUGUUUUUUUUGCAUGUUUUUUACUAAAAAUAUAUUGUAAGCUACCGUAGACUUCUGAACAUUACCUGUGCAUACAAAGAUUUGUGUCAUUUUGGUGAAUUUCUACUGUAGUAAUAAAAAGUUGUUUUUAUUAAAAUUGGAAAUUUUA